AUUUGCAAAUUCGAUCAAACAAAAUCCAGAGCCGCCCUAGCUCGCUCUAAUUCUGCAAAUUUCCAGAAUUCGACAAAUUAUUGAUCGAGGUUCCACCGGAGAUGGCUGGAAGAGAAGUUCGCGAGUACACAAAUCUGACUGAUCCUAAAGGUACCUCCAAUUUAUUUUCUGAUGUAUAUUUCUUUCAUUUUUUCGGAUUUUUCGGAUUUUCGGAUUUUGCUGGGAGGGAUAUAUGCAGAUAAGAAGUCGGGGAAGGGGAAGGACAGAAUAGAUGACGAAGAAAUUACCUUCCAGCGCAUGGUUGCCAAGGGAUAUUGGCUUUUUCCGGGUGGGUGCUUGAUAAGUGCAGAUGCAAGAGGUUGCUGGGGAACGUGGAGGCUACCUUCAUGGUCGAGGCGCUUUGGACAGCGACGAUUUGCUUUAUCUAAAGGAGCAAAUGGAAGCGGAGGAAGAUGCAGAACGCCUUCUACGGCGUACAGAGAAACGAGCAUUUGCUGCAUUUAAAAAGGCUGUGGCAGAAACUGCCCCAGCUUCAGUUCCCUUGCCACUUAGAGUGGAACCCAAGCCAAAAAGUGGAAUCAGGCAGCAAGACUUGCUCAAGAGAGUGGUGGCAGUGAAGGCAAAGACGCAGGGUGUUGCUGCCCCUUCCGAGGUAGAUCCAUCCAGUGAAGCUUCGAAUCAACAACCAUCUAAAAAACAUCGACCCUCGAAUGAUCACGAUCUGGAGAAAGACAAGUCUUCGACCAGUUCCAACAUAGUGGGAGACGAGGCGAAAUCUGAUAACCCAGUUAAGAGUCUGUUGGCAGCAUAUGAAAGCUCUGAUGAUGAAGAUGACUGAUGCAUGAAAUAAUGUCGUUUUCCUUUUACGGUAACGCUAUGUAUCUCUCGUGCAUUUGAUACUCUGCACGGCCUUAGUUAUAUAAGACGUUAAGUAGAAUCUACAAGCUCCCUUGUAAGAGUCCUUUCUUCAGCUGUCUUGAAAGAGACAGAGAGAAGCGAAUAUUGUUGUUAACGGAGAAUAUGUUUUUGACCACAUUUGUAGACAUUCUUGUGAGGAAUCUAAAUAUCAUCUGCCAAAAUAUAUGGGCUUUCAACAA